UUUUUUAUAACGUAUAUGUUGUGUUUACAUGAUCCAUAUAAGUAGAACAAAAGAUUUCAUAUAUAUAUAUAUUUACAUAUAUCCGUAUUUUCACAGUUAUUAAUUAAUAAUUCAUCUAUUUGGCAGCUUUUUAUUUUAUUUAAAUUAUUACAAUAAUCAGCAUUAAUUUACGUUUUAAGUGAAAUUAAAUUUUAACAACAAUAAUUUUGUAAACCUGAAACACAGUAAGCUGAUGUGUGAUGUGAAAUAUAUUUAUUUAGUCAUCAGCUGUGUGUUGAUGUCAGAUAUUACGUUUAAGUGAACGUCAUUUUGUUAGAACUAUUUAUAAAAAAAAUAUUUACCGUUUAUUUGUCAAGGUUAGGCUGUCAAAAUAAAUUUAAACUGGCGAUUUGAUGGUUACAUAAAAGAAAAUGGAAUACAACGAAGUAGAGGGUCAAGUGGAGCUGGUGGAAGCUGUGGAACGAGUACCAACAAUAGGAAACGAAGUUGUGAUAGACAACAACCAAUUGUGGCAGCCAAUUGUCCCAGAAGCUGAAGCAGCUGGAUACAAUUACGCAGAACCAGCUGAGUGGCAAAAUGACCAGGAUGUCCAGGAAAUAGCAAUGAACCCUCUGGGUCAACCUCUUGAUCCAAAUGUUCAAAUGAACCAACCAGUCCCGCCACCACAAAACAUUCCCGCAGAAGAGGAUCCAGUCCCCUGGAACCCGAAUGAACGUGACCAUAAUUUUGCUCAACAGCAGCAGCAGCAGCCUGAGGAUCUUCCGGUGGCGGAGGUGGACAUUGCUGAGAUCGAGGCAGUGCCGGACCCGCCAAUCGUGGUGAUAGAUGACGACUCGGAUGAUACGCAGAAUCAAGACGUCGACGAGGAAAUUGAGAUGGCCAAGAAAAAGUUGAAACUUGAUAUCAAGACCAAGGAGGACAAGGCUGCUGAAGAAGACGAGGACAAUGAUACGGGACGACUGUGUCCAAUUUGCAUGGACUACUGGAGCAACAGCGGAGACCAUCGGCUGUGUUCGCUUCGUUGUGGUCAUCUCUUUGGGUACUCUUGUGUCCACAAAUGGCUGACGGUCGCUUGUACCUCGGGCAACCGUCGGUGUCCACAGUGUAAUAAAAAAGCCACGCAGAAGGACAUACGAGUGAUAUAUGCGACCAGUGUUUCAGUGAUAGACACCGUAGAGAUAGAUAUGCUGAAGAAGCAGCUUCUGGAGGUAAAUGCCGAGAAGAAUCGAAUCGAGCUCGAGCUCUCCAAUAGUCAGCUUCGUCAGCGGUCUUAUCUUGACCAAAUAGCAAACCUCCAGAAGCGGAUCGUCGAACUUGAGCGUCAGAAAUCAGACAUGUCGAUUCGGAUUAACGAGUCCAUGAGCUCGGUGGCCAAGAAGUUUCACCUGGACCACACUGUGGACAUUUGUAAAGAAGGCGGUUGCCGUGUGCUGGCCUACAACCCCUGGUACGGUUGUUUAGCAGUAUCACAGCUGUCGCGCAGUGCCUUAUUUACCGGUUACGGUGUUAAGAAAAUACUCACAGAUAAAUUCCAAGCGAUGCCACUGUUUAUGCUGCACACCCAGCAAAUACGAGACAUAGCUUUCCACCCGGUCCAACAGUCGCUGUUGCUGAGCAUCAGCUUUGAUCGCACUGCCAAGCUGAUGGACGUUCAAAACAACGUUACUGUCCACGGGUACCCGAUAGACUCCCAGGGCUGGAGUUGCUGCUGGUCAGGCGACAACCCGAACAUCUUCCACGCAGGGACCCAGAAAGGCUCAAUUGUUCAGUUUGACAUCAGGCAAACUUCCGGGGCCGUCGACACCAUUGAAAGUCCUGGUGACAGAUCCCCCGUAGUGUCUCUGUCUACCGUUCCGCCGAAUUCCUCAACGGGUCUGAUCCGAGGCGGAUUCAUAGCCACUAGAUUGAACACCUGCUUCGCUUACGAGCCCUGGAACAAUGUAUAUGUGCCCAAGCAAAUGUUCCUCGAGGGCCCCUUCAUGUCAAUACGCUACGACGAAAAAAAUCACCACGCGUUAGUCUCCUCGAGACCAAACUCACGGCAGCCACAAUCCAGACACCUCGUACUCUCCCUUGAGGCUGGCAACGAGAACUCUGUCGUCUGCAACAUUGUCCACACUUUCCACGCAGGCAACUCCCAAAAACUUAUGUCCAGGCCUUGCCAUGUAAACCUGCAAGACGACACUCUCGUGGCAGCCCACCAAGAAAACACCAGAAGUAUUCCUCUGUGGAGUAUUGGAACCGGAAAGCAGCUCCACAGCAUCCAAGCCCAUGAUCCCGCGCUAGACUUGGUCUCCUUUGCAACAAAUGACAAAACUUUCUUGGCUUCUUUGUCGGAAAAGAAGCUACGGCUUUAUAAUUACGACUAGUGUAUACUUAUAAAUAAAAUAAAAAUUUAAUAAUCAUGAUAUUGAUGUAAAUGAUUACCAUUUACGUGCUAACACUUGUACAAAGACAUUUUAAUUUUUUAAAUAAUGUACAAAAUUAUUUACAUUCAUUAAACUAUUAAAUUCA